CGUUGGCAUGUCUUAUUGCCACUCGCCCAUAGGCCCGUUGACGAGUAUACAAUUUUUUCUGUGUCAAUAUUAUUUUUUAUUUCUUUUGGCCGCAGAAACGCAAAAAGUUGAGGAAAAUUAAUCGAUCCGGAGUGUCGCGUCAGUGAAUCCAAGAUGGACGUGGCGCGCACCUAUUCGAUACACACCUUGUGCAGGAUAUGCCUCAAUCACCUGCAGAACGACGCCGCCUACGACCUGUAUUUAGUUCCGGGACUCUCGAAAAAACUUUGCUUGUGUACGUCCCUGUCCGUGGAGCCGCAGGACGGGUUCCCGAAGAACAUCUGCACCCAGUGCUAUACUCGGCUCAAUGACCUGCACGACUUCCAGAAGCUAUGCGUGGACUCGGUGCAGAAGUUCCAGGACAUGGUGGCCAGCAACGCCUUUGUGUGCCAGAGCAGCUUCGAUGUUCUGGACCCCAGCGUCGCUGGGCAGGACUUGCACGGCGAGGAGGAGGACCACAUCAACUACGACCCCUUGCUGAACCACAAAAUGGAGCUGAUCGAGAACGAGGAGGACGUCUUCAAGAUGCUGGAGCACGUGGACAAGGAGGCCGAGGAGGUGCAGAAGCAGGAGGAGGAGGAUGAGAAGCCGAGCGGUUCCCUGAAGAUGUUCGACGACGAGUCCUCCCUCGAAAGUGGCAACGACAACGAUCGCGACCUGGACUUCGAGCCCAACAGCAGUGACGACGACAUUCCGCUGGCCCAGCGCAUGCGAGAAACUGGACCCGGAUCGGCCAUGGGAGCUCCGAAGAUGGCUCAAGGAAAGCCCCGGGGCAGACCCAGAGGCAGGCCCAAGAAGAAACCCGUGGAGGAAGAGGACCUGGACGAACUAAGCGACUCCUCGGAAUCAGACGACUCUGAUGACGACGGCGACGGCACCUCGAAGCCGAAACGGAAGCGGAUUCCACCCGACGAGCGUCAUCUGCACCGCAUCAUCGACUGCCACAUUUGCCACCAGAAGUUCAAGAAGGCCAUCCGCUACGAGGAGCACAUGAAGUACCACAAUGAUCUGCUGCCCUUCCAGUGCAAGGUGGAGACCUGCAAGAAAGGAUUCACCACCGCCAAUGGGCUGCGCAUUCACAUCGACCACGCCCACACGGAACUGUCUGAAGUGCAUCCCUGCCCCGCCGAGGGUUGUGGGAAGACUUUCCCGCGCGUACGCUUGCUCACGUUCCACAUGAAGAAGGUGCACGGAAUAACCAAGGCGGCGGCUCCGCUUCGCGACUUCCCAUGCCCCGAGUGCGACACGGUCUUCCGCUGUCCCACUGCCCUCAAGAAGCACAUGUACAAGCACACGGGCGAGGAGCUUCCCUACCCCUGCAACAUCUGCGGCAAGCGGUUCGUGAUCAACAGCGCCCUGCGGGACCACCUUAUGCGGCAUGCCGGCAUCAAGAACCACGUGUGUCCCUACUGCGGGGUGGGCAAGACCACCAGGCAGGAGUGGAACGCCCACAUCCUCACCCACACCAAGGAGAAGAAGUUUAAGUGCCGGCAGUGCGACCACGCCUCCCACAACAAGCAGGCCUUGUCCAAUCACGUCAAGGUGGUGCAUGAGAAGCGGAAGGACUUCGCCUGCCAGUACUGCGGAAAGACAUUCGGGAAGUCGCACGCCUGCAAGGUCCACGAGCGGAGCCACACUGGAGAGAAGUGCUGCGAGUGCAGGAUAUGCGGCAAGAUCUUCCUCUGCGACAAGAGCCUAACGAAGCAUCUGAAGACUCACGAGAAGCGGGAUCUGCCGCCGUCGGAGCCGCACCGCCAGCAGCUCAACAUUCCCAUUCCAGGCCAGAUGCCAGCCGAUCCUACGGGUCUCACUCAACUGCAGCCGAGUUCCGGCGAAGACAUGAUGAAGGCGUGCGGCGGCGGGCCCGCCGAAGCGCCUGCCAAGCCGAAGAACUCGCGCCGUGUCCAGCGGGUGGACAUUUCACAGCUGGCGGGCACCGCUGUGAAUCCCAUACCGUCUGUAUCAGUGCCCUCGUGGUCGCCCCAGGUGAACUUCACCAAGAAAGAGGGCCAGCACAUCUGUCCGGGCUGCGGGCGCGGCUUCAACAACAUAGGGAACAUGAAACUGCACUACAAAAUUAUUCACGAGAAGGUCAAGGACUUCGCCUGCCGCUUCUGCCCCAAGCGGUUCUCCAAGGCGCAGAUUCUCCGCCACCACGAGUGGAUCCACACCGGGGAGAAGCCCUUCGAGUGCAAGAUCUGCGGCAAGCACUUCCGCCAGGAGACGGCGCUCAAGAAGCACAUAAAGACACACGAGAAGCCGAACCGGCGGCAUGUACCCGAGCGCAGUGCGCCCACGCAAAUAACUUUCAGAAAGCUGGAACCCGAUGCAGAGCCGCGGAACUACGACCAGUACCAGGACCCAGCCGCAGAACGGGCGGCGGCCACCGCGGAGCUGCUGGCACACCAACUGGAGGAGAACGAGGCCAGGCGCAAGGCGGACAUCGAGCGGCAGAAGAUCGCGGCAGCCGCCUGCGAGCAGCUGACGAAGCUGCAGCAGCAGCAGGACAUCAUCAAGGCCACCACCUCGUACGAUGGCUACUACGCGCAGAAGGCCCAGGCGGAGGGCACCAGUGUGGACGCUCUGAAGAUCGAUCAUGUCUAGGACUGCGGAUCGGUUUCGGAUUCGGUUUCGUCCUCCGCUCGCUAACCACAAACGCAUCCAUCGCCCCCGCCCGGAAGCUUUCAGGGACGCCUCGAAUCGCUCUCUAUCUGGAUCAGAUUAUCGCCCUCAAUUAUUCGAGAAAUUAUGCAUUAUGAUAUAAAAACUUAUUAUUUUUACGUACAUUUAUAUAUACAUACAUACAAUAUAUGUAUUUUAUGUUUUCCGUGUAAUGUCUCCCGUGCUUACUUAGAGUAAUGGAUUAAAAACUACCUAAAAUAUA